UUGCGCAGUAGCGGGCGUGAAAGGCAGGCGGGCGCUCCAGAUCUCCAGAGUCCUGAGUUCUUGGAGAUAUGAGGCGCGCAUCCCGGGAGCUCGUCUCUCCGCUUCUGGUCCUGGGGUUGCUGCUGUGCAGCUGCGUGUGCCCCGGGAUCACUGAGCUACGGGCCCCGCCUGAUAAGAUCGCAAUAAUUGGAGCUGGAAUUGGUGGCACUUCAGCAGCCUAUUAUCUUCGGCAGAAAUUUGGGAAAGAUGUGAAGAUUGAUGUGUUUGAAAGAGGCCAGGUGGGGGGCCGCCUGGCCACCAUGACUGUGCAGGGGCAAGAAUAUGAAGCAGGAGGUUCUGUCAUCCAUCCUUUAAAUCUGCACAUGAAGCGUUUUGUCAAGGAUCUGGGUCUUUCUACUGUCCAGAGUUCUGGAGGCCUAGUGGGGGUCUCUAACGGAGAGACUCUGGUGUUUGAGGAGAGCAGCUGGUUUAUAAUUAACAUAAUUAAAUUAAUUUGGCAGUAUGGAUUUCAGCCUCUUCGUUUGCACAUGUGGGUAGAGGAUAUACUUGACAAGUUUAUGAGGAUCUACCGCUACCAGUCUCAUGACUAUGCCUUCAGUAGUAUAGAAAAUUUACUACAUUCUCUAGGAGGGGACGACUUCCUUGGAAUGUUUAACCGAACACUUCUUGAAACCUUGCAGAAAGCGGGCUUCUCUGAGAAAUUCCUCAAUGAAAUGGUUGCUCCCAUCAAUAGGGUCAAUUAUGGCCAAGGCACAGACCUCAAUGGCUUUGUAGGGGCAGUGUCACUAUCUGGUGCUGAUUCUGGCCUUUGGGCAGUAAAAGGUGGCAAUAAACUUGUUUGCUCAGGGCUCCUUCAGGCUUCCAAAAGCAACCUUAUAUCUGGCUCAGUAAUGUACGUAGAGGAGAAAACAAGGACCAAGCAGACAGGAAACCCCACAAAGAUGUAUGAAAUUGUCUACCAAACUGGAUCUGACACCCAUUCAAACUUUUAUGACAUCGUGUUGGUGGCCACUCCAUUGAAUCAAAAAAUGUCCAAUAUAACUUUUCUCAACUUUGAUCCUCCAAUUGAGGAAUUCCAUCAAUACUACCAACAUAUAGUGACAACUCUUAUUAAGGGGAAGUUGAAUUCAACUACUUUUACCUCUAGAGCCUUAGAGAAAUUUGAUCUCAGUACUAUCUUAACCACUGAUAAUUCAGAUUUGUUUAUUAACAGCAUUGGGAUUGUGUCCUCUGUGAAAAAUGACAAUCCUCAACCAUCAGCAGAUGGAGCAUAUGUUUGGAAGAUCUUUUCCCAUGAAACUCUUACCAAAGAGCAAAUUUUAAAGCUCUUUUUGUCCCACGAGUAUGUUACAAAGCAGCAAUGGCUAGCAUAUCCUCACUAUAAGCCUCCAGAGAAAAGCCCCUCCAUCAUACUCCAUGAUCAGCUUUAUUACCUGAAUGGCAUAGAGAGUGCAGCAAGUGCCAUGGAAAUGAGUGCCAUUGCAGCCCACAAUGCUGCUCUCCUUGCCUAUCACCGUUGGAACGGGCACACAGACAUGAUUGAUCAAGAGGACUUAUAUGAGAAACUGAAAACUGAACUGUGAAAUAACACUUUUAUUCCCCCCCAAACCCCUGUCCUAGUUCCAAAUGGAAUAUCACUGGCAAAAAAACCCCACCACAAUCUGAGCAGAGACGUUUUGAAUCAAAUAUUUUGCCAUUAUCAUUGUUUAACAAGAGUAACCCCAGUGAGUCAUGAGAAAAUACAAGGUCUAAUUAAGUGUGAAGGUGUAACUAUUGCAUUUGUGCCAUCUCCAAAAUUCCUUCCUUCCUUCCUUUCUCUUUCCUUUCUUUUCUUUCCCCUCCCUCCCUCCCUUCUCCCUCCUCCCUCCCUUCUCUUUCUCUCUCUCUCUUUCUUUUUCUGAUUUUAAGAGUAUGUUAAUUAAAGCUGGGGACAGUGAAACAAAGGAAGGGCUUAGGGUAGAAUCACUACAGAAGAGAGCCUAGGUGGUGCUCUGCUUUGGUUCCCUAGAAAUGUUAUAGGAAAGAAAUGGGCAGCAGUGGGGCUGCUGUUAGCUCACCGAGAAGUAAAAGUUACAGUGACAGCAAGGAGGCAAGGUGGUGCAGCUGUUAGCUCACCAAAAAGUCAGAGACGAGAGGCCUUGGAAACAGGUUCAGGGGGUUAGCCUGGGAUGAGCUGCUGCUGCCCACUGCUCCCUUGGUUGCAAGUCUCUUUGGGACCAUUAGACUUUAGGAGAGAAAAAUAAAGAUGCAUGCCUGAGGGUGAAGGAAGUCAUUCAGUUGCUCCAGAGAGAGCCUGCUCAAAAUUUCUUAACUCUUAAUAUCUAUCAACAGUAUUUUCCAGACUUGUCUGAUUGUGAGAAUCAUCUGGAAUUUGUGAAACAGAAUUCCCUAGCUCCUCUGGAGAUUUUAGUUCAGUAGAUUUAGAGGGUAGGCCCUGGAUUUUGAACAAAACUUUAAAGCAUUUUAAGCUGAACACUUGAGGAAGAGCUUAGACAUAUGUUUUAAUUGGGGAUGAGUUGAUUUGUGCCUCACAGGUGGAUGUGAUCUUUAGUCACAGUGAAAUCUACUAUGGGAGCUGGUAUCUUAUGCCUGGCUUUAGUAAUUCAUUAUUUUUAAAGUAAAUAUGCCCAUGACUGAAGCCUUGACUUUUAGAAUGUUCUUUUGAUUACUUCUGUCUUUUAGGGAUAAAGUUCAGAAGCCUGAGUAGUACAACCUUAAAAUGUCAUACAAAAAUCUCCAGUAAAAUGAAAAGCAUAUAUAAGCUAUUGAUUGAAGAAACUGACAUUCUAUGAAGCUUUUAAAAAUAUUGAUAGUCCCUGCACCCCCCAUCAGAUAUUCUGAUUAACUGGAUUGAAGAUAGGACCUCACCAUCAUAACUUUUUAAAGUUCUUAAUGUGUGACCUGCAUUGCAAAUCACUGAUUUGGAAGCAUUCUAAAAUGCUUCCAAAGAGUUUUCAGUACCUGAAGAGUCCCAAGAAAUCCAACCCAUUAUCAAAGAUUCAUUUUGUGAAGAAUGGCUUUUUUCUCAAUGAGAACUCUAGUAGUAACCUUGAUAGUAAGAAGCAGUAACCUUGAUAACUUGAUAAGGGGCAACCUGGAUUAUUCCAGAGUAGUUGACAUGAAUAAGGUAUUCAGAAUGACAUACUUGAUGAAAUUCAGCAUAUGCUGAAACGGUUAAGUACUUAAGCUACUGUACUAUUUUGAGUGAGAAACUGCUGAAAUCUUAAAAUGAUAGUUUUCAACCUUGGCUGGACUUUGAAAUCACUUGUAGGCCUUUAAAGCUAUCCAAAUGAUCCUAAUAAGCAGCCAAACUUGAAAACCAGUUCACAUCUACUGUACAAAAAUCAUGAAUGUCCUCAGUAACUGGUAGGGACAGAAGAGCUUGUGAAUUCAACAGUAACUGCAACCAAGCUAACAUGUUAAAAAUUUGUCAAAUAGCUUUUUUCUAAUUCUAUUUUUAAAAAGUUAUUUUUUCCUUUUGUGGUUUUAAUGACAGUAACAUGUAGAAUGUCUAUGCUAGAUUAGUAAAUACUAAUGAAAUAGUUUAAUUUCUAUUGCCUAUAGACUUAUUUUGCAAUGGGAUAUGUUUUUACUUAUAAGAACAAUUUAAAGUGCUGCCAUUAUAUCAAACCUACUCUGAUUAAGUUUUCCAACAGGGCAUCUGAAAAUUGCUUCCUCAAAGAGCAAAACAGGUUAUCAGUACAUCAAGCAUAUUAGUUUUGUGUACUUACAGUAUUAAAGUUUUUUAAAAACUGGAUGAAGAAAUACUAUCAGAGCUUAUUCAUCUUUUUACGUGUUAAAAAUGCAGGGCAGAAUGAAAUGAAGUUCUACAACUUGUGUAUGCUUUGGACUCACCUGGACAGUUUAAACCAUUGCUGGGCCUCACCCUGGAAUUUAAUAGGUUUGGAGUGAUAUAUGUCUGCAUUUCUGUUAAGGCCCAAAUGAUGUUGCUGGUCUAGGAACCACAUUGAAAACCAUUUCUACAAUUCAGCUCUAUGUGGUUGCAAAAUAUCAAGCCUAUCAACUUCACUGAUUUAAAAUGUAUUGGAAAAAUGGAAAAAAUUAAAGUUGGAAUAAAAAAACGUAUUGGAUUUCACGCCAACUCUUACUAUGAUUCAGUUGGUUUGAUCCCCUUACCAGUUUUUUGCCAUACACGUUUUAGAGAUACAUGUAAGCCAUUCACUGUUGUUUUAUAAGUACCUCAUGUAUUCACUUUUGUGUAUCCCGUUCUCUAGUUUUAAAGUGAUUCAAGAUUUGUAGGCUUUUUACCAGAUCACAAAAAGAGCAGGCCUAAACAUUUGCUUGGUAGGUUUCUUAAGGUUAGGUUUAUGAUACAACCAUGUGUAAAAUAUAUUUCAUCAGUUUGUGUACCCUAAAAUUUGUGAACUAGAUUAAAUAUUAAGGGCAGCAUUAUCACUACUCUACUCCACAAAGAACAAAACACUGGAAUAUUUUUCUCUGGAUUCCAUUUCUACUCUUGGAUUUAAAAUAUUUUCCCACUUAUGUUCACAAUAAACAGCAACAUCAUUGCUUCCUGUUUUCUGUGGUUCUCUACUUAGA